AUGGGAAGAUCUCCUUCCAGUGAUGACUCUGGUCUCAAGAAAGGUCCUUGGACUCCUGAUGAAGAUGAGAAACUUGUCAAGUUUGUCAAAAAACAUGGCCAUAGUAGCUGGAGAGCUCUUCCUAGACUUGCUGGUCUUAAUAGGUGUGGGAAGAGUUGCAGGCUAAGAUGGACAAACUACUUGAGACCUGACAUCAAGCGAGGGAAAUUCUCACCGGAUGAGGAACAGACUAUCUUGAACCUUCAUGCAGUUGUUGGAAACAAGUGGUCAACGAUUGCAAACAACUUACCUGGGAGAACAGACAACGAGAUCAAGAAUUUCUGGAACACCCAUUUAAAGAAAAAGCUUAUUCAGAUGGGAGUUGACCCAAUGACUCAUCGGCCAAGGACCGAUGUCUUGUCCGGUUUAUCUCAGCUUAUGUCUCUCUCAUAUAAUCUUAGUGGUUUUGUUGAUCAAGAGCAAACUAUGCUGAAACUCCAAACCGAGAUGGCCAAGCUCCAAUUGUUCCAAUACCUCCUUCAGCCACCUUCCAUGUAUAACAAUAUUAACCCUAAUGACUUUGACACUCAUCUCAGUCUCCUUAACUCUAUUGCCUCUACCACCAGCAAUAAUCUCGACCUCGGUUCCUAUCUUCAGGACUUCAACAGCUUAACAUCCCUAAAAACCUUAGAUUCCAACAUUGGACCAUCAUCUGUUUUCCCCCAAAAUCUUGAUGACAAUAACUUCAAGUUCUUGAAUCAAAGAGAAAACCUACUUGUAUCUCCGAUCUGGCUCUCGGAUCACUCCAUCUCAAAUCAGAGUUUGUUACCUUCUCUUGAUCCUUCAUGUUCUCUGGCUGAUGAUAUGAUUAGAAGCCAAUAUGUUAUUGAAGAUGUGAAUAGCAAUCUCACCUCUUCAAGCUGUCAAGAGUCAGGAGGAGCUUCAGCUUCAGCUGCAUGGCCUGAUCAUCUACUAGAUGAUUCCAUAUUUGCCGACAUUCCUUAG